AUGAAUUCCAAUGAGCAUUUCCACCUGAGAACACAAGUCCCGCCAAAAUUUAGCCUCAGACCUCCAUACCUUGAGGCAUCAACAGGCAAGAUCAGUGCCUUUCUCGAAUUACCCAUGGCACUCGCCAACCUGGAUGUAUCCAAGCCUCAAACAUCGUUGGCAUUGGGGCAUAAGAUGAUAAUGUUCCAGAAUUUGUGGGAUAAUGUGGGCGGGCUGAGUCCCAACGAUGAACGAGCCCCAGCCGCAACACCCGCAGCUACAGCAGCAGCUCCACCCGCAGCUGCAGCAGCCGCCGAUCCACCCGCAGCAGCAGCAGCAAACUCUGGAACAUUAUUUUCGUACUUUCCGAUUCUUACGGUAAAGCGAAUACUGAAUGUAUUUGGGAGCCCCUCAAGUCCGAAGGAGAUGACAAACAUUUGCAAAGCUAUCAAAAACAGAUGA